AUGGCUGCAGUUUACAAGACGGUCUCAAAGAAGAAGUCUCGGCAACCUGUCGAGGGGCUGGAUGAAGAAGAGCAAAUGGAAAUUGACGAACUGCUAGACGACGCCGACGAUACCACAGACAGUGAAGAGGAUGAGGAUGAAGGCGAUCGAGUUGCUGCUGCCAAAAAGCAACUAGCCCAGGGGUUCAUGCCCAAGACUCGAGUGUUGGUUCUCACUUCCCGCGGUGUUACACACCGCCACCGACAUCUCUUGUCUGAUCUCUGUGCGCUGCUCCCCCACACCCACAAAGAAAGCAAGCUAGACACCAAGAAGAAGACAGCUGGCUACAACCUUUUGUUGAAUUCUCUUGCCGACCUCCACUCAUGCAACGUGAUCUUUUUCCUCGAGGCGAAGAAGAACGGACAAGAUCUCUACCUGUGGCUUUCUCGCCCUCCCAACGGCCCGACAAUUAAGUUCCAUCUCAACAACUUGCACACCAUGGGCGAACUUGGUACUGGUUUCGCAGGCAAUUGUCUGAAGGGUGGCCGCGGGUUGGUGGUCUUCGACAAAACCUUCGACGAGCAAGAAAUGGGCCCUGGCAAUGAGUACCGAGGUUUGAUCCGCGAGAUGCUACGAGGGGUUUUCUGUGUCCCCAAGCGCGGGGUCAAGGGCAUGAAGCCUUUCGUCGAUCGUAUUAUUGGUAUCUUCGGUGUCGACGGCAAGAUUUGGAUCCGAGUUUAUGAGAUCCGCGAGUCGGAACCAGGCAGCAAGAAAAAGGGCGAAGACGAGGCCACUAAGCCUCUGCCUAAGGGCCAGCAAGGCCAACCCGAGGUCUCACUGGUGGAGAUCGGGCCUCGAUUUGUUUUGACUCCGAUUGUCAUUCUCGAGGGCAGCUUUGGUGGUCCAGUCAUUUACGAAAACAAGGAGUACGUCAGCCCUAACCAGGUUCGUCGCGAGAUUCGGAUGAGCAAGGCGGGCCGUUACUCCCAGCGUCGCGAUAACCAGACAGAUCGCGUGGCCAAGCGGACCGAUCUUGGCUUGACGGACAACUCUUCGCGGAAACCCGAUGCCCUGGAGACUCGAAAGUUAUUCGCAUAG